AUGAAGAAGCCUGUGAAAGAGCGCUACAACGCUAAAGCGCGGCGAUCGUCCAUAGGAGGCUCUUCCCACAAAAAUAAGCGCUCGCUACGUCAACGAGAUGCUGACGCUUACGAUUCAAACUCUCACCUCAUCGUUCCAGGCAGCCAAGAAGAUCUUCGCCAAAAGCAAGCAGAACAGCAGCGAAAACAGCUUCUAGAGAACUCUGGUCAAGAUGCUUCCGCUCCAAUGUCGUCAAAGAAGCGCAAGCGCCUCGAUGCUUACAUUGCCUCUCGUCUCAAAAAGGAACAACGUGUCAAAAUCAUGGCCAAACUUGCACAAACCUCGGCCGAGAUCGAUCGCACUGCUCUCAAAUCAGCAGCAACACUCGGAACAGGAAGAGCAAAGACCAUGGAGGAGCGCAUAGAUACCGCCGGCCAAAAGUCGGAUCGCAGCGCCAAACGUACAAGGAGGACCAUGCAGGGCGCCGUUAUGCAGAUUCACGAGGAUGACGACGAUGCUGAUCUGGACGAAAUGCACGCCACCAAUCAUUUCCAUCAGGAUGAGGACGACGCAAACUGUACGCCCCCAGAACACAUGGAGGACGACGGCCAAGACCAUGGACCUGUCGGCGAGGUCGAAGAGGAUCCGGAGCGCAGAGCUAGAAUCGUUGCUGCCGCUAGUCUGUUUGACAAGUCAAAGCCAGCAGGUGCUGCUGCUGCUUCCACCUCAGCCAUCUCAGCCGCGUCUACAUCUUCCUCUUCAGCUCCAGGACCGGCAACCGCCCUUGCGUCUGCUUACGGUUCCGCUUUAGCAAAAGAUGCCAACGGUAACCCGCUCAUGCCGGUUAUGCGCAAACGAACCAAGAAGCCCAAAACAACCCGAGUCAAUGCCGCUACAAGGCUUCAGCAACCUCCCGAAAGCGACUCCAGCUUUGACAGCUCCGAGUCUGAGGCCGAAUCCUCAUCCAGACCCAAUUCUGCCGUGGCUGUCAACGAUGAUCUCAUCGGGCCCGCUCCUCGUGCGUCGCUCUCCAGAAAGAAUCAAGAGAAACGAUUGGCGCAGACUGUCGACGCCAAGCGAAAAGCCAAAGCUGUGCCAUCUGGUCCCGGUUGGGAUCAGAAAGACUCUGAUGAUGAACAAGUUCCUCCUCAGAUAGUUCCGCUCGGCGAGCAGCUCGACCAAGACAUGGACAAUGACGACGUUGAUGAUGAGCAAGAUGACUCGGAUCUUGGCUCAGAAGAGCCCGACACGGACGAGGACGAAGAUGCCGUCUUUCUCGAAGCUAUGCGUCGCCGAGGUCUGCUCAAAAACGGCGCUACUCUCCUCGACGGUGCGCACCCUUCCACCUCUGCACCAGCUACUCAGUCCAAAUCAAAGUCAGAGACGAUUGCCAAGGCUAAAGAAGAGCUAAAAGACGGCCAAGGCGAGGCCAGCAGCGGACAAGCUGGCUCAGCUGAUCAUGACCACGAUUCGGCAGAGACUUCGGACGACGAAGAGGAAUCCGACGAUGCAGAAGAAGAUGAAGACGAAGAAGACGAUGACGAAGAAGACGAUGAAAAAGAGGACACAGAAGAAUACCGAUCUCGUCGAAGAGGUAUCGGCACAACCAAGCGCAGCUCCGGCUUCAAGGAUUGGGCUCGUGCCGCCCUGGGCAUCGGUGGUUCGGCUACCAACGCCCCCCAGCCAAAUUCCGCCCAAGGCUUCGAUGCCAUGGAUGCCGAAGCAGACGACACAGCUUACAACCUCGAGCCCGUCGCAGGCUUCAAAAUCAAAGUAGGCGACAUCAUGCCCAAAGACGGUGUCGCACGUGGCCCUCUCGGUCGCGACCAAGAAAACAUUAGAGAGCGUUCUGCUUUCGCUGCUCAGCACUACACCGAGCUUGAGGCUGCAAAGGCUUCUCACCCGGACCAAUCCACCAAAGCCUUGGCGUCGGCACCCUCGGUGCUUACUCAUGUCGAGGUGGAGCGCUCAGAACAGCUCUCUGCAGCUCGUUUGCGUUUGCCCGUUGUUGCCGAGGAAGACAACAUUGUUCGCACCAUCAUGGAGAACACCGUCACUGUCAUUUGUGGUGAGACGGGUUCCGGUAAGACCACACAGGUACCGCAGUUCCUCUACGAAGCUGCGUUCGGUUCCAAAGGCAGUCUCAACCCAGGCAUGAUCGGUGUUACUCAACCUCGACGAGUUGCCGCUGUCAGUAUGGCUCAGCGAGUCGCCUCGGAACUCAAUCUGCCUGCCGAUCGCGUCUCACAUCAAAUCAGGUACGAUGCUACUGUAAGCCCCAACACAGCCAUCAAAUUCAUGACCGACGGUGUGUUGCUUCGAGAGCUCGCCACCGAUUUCCUCCUCACCAAGUACAGCGUCAUCAUGGUCGACGAGGCGCACGAACGCAGUAUCAACACCGAUGUGCUUAUCGGCGUGCUCAGUCGUGUCGUCCGCUUACGCGAGAAGCGUUGGCUCGAACGCGUUCAAGAUGCUCGACCCCUGCGCCUUGUCAUCAUGAGUGCUACACUGCGCGUGUCUGACUUUACCGAGAACACAACGCUGUUCGCUUCACCCCCACCCGUUAUCAACAUUGACGCACGCCAGCAUCCCGUAACUGUUCAUUUCAACCGCAAGACCGUGCAGGACUACCUCACAGAGUCGGUCAACAAGGCAACCAAGAUUCACGCGAGGUUGCCACCCGGUGGUAUCCUCAUCUUUCUCACAGGUCAGCAGGAAAUCACCACGGUGUGCAAAAAGCUCGAGCAGCGGUUCGGAAGCAAGGCGAUCGAGCAGAAGAAAAGGAAUCGCGAGCGCGUGCAGGGUCGAUCCAAGUAUCAUCGUUCACAAGACAAUCAGCAAGGCGAUGAUGCAGAGACGCAAGAUGCAUCGGCUCCGCGUGUCAAGAUGACUGCACGCGAUGGCGAUGUUGAAGCGGAAGAGGUGGAUCUGGGACUGGACCGCGAUCUUGCUGCCGAUGUCGACGACGGCGCCAUGGCCGAUGAGGCCGAUCCGGACGCACUCGACACCGACGACGAAGAAUCCGAUGUCCGUCACGAUGACGACCUUCCCGACGAGCUCAAAGACGACAGCGACGUACCCAUGCACAUCCUGCCGCUCUACUCGCUUUUGCCGACAGACAAGCAGAUGCGUAUCUUCGAAGCUCCACCCAUCGAUACGCGUCUCGUAGUGGUCGCCACCAACGUGGCAGAGACGUCGCUCACCAUCCCCAACAUUCGCUACGUCAUCGACUGUGGUCGAUCCAAAGAACGCAAGUACGAUCUCACUAGCGGUGUUCAAUCGUACGAGGUGUCGUGGAUCAGCAAAGCAUCGGCUUCGCAGCGAGCAGGUCGUGCUGGCCGAACAGGCCCCGGCCAUUGCUACCGACUUUACUCGUCGGCGGUCUACGAAGAUCACUUCAGCCAAUUCUCGAGCCCGGAGAUUUUGCGCACGCCCGUCGACGGACUCGUCCUGUCGAUGAAGGCCAUGAACAUUGACAAUGUGGCCAACUUCCCGUUUCCGACGCCGCCGGAUCGUGUUGCGCUCAAAAAGGCCGAACAAGUGCUCACCCACCUGGGUGCGCUACAGGCUCCCGAAGUGGCAUCGGUGAGUCUGGGCAAGAACAAGCGCAAACUGAAUCAUGCUCAGGUCACCGAGCUGGGCCGCGAUAUGACGCUGUUCCCCGUCUCUCCAAGGUACGCCAAGAUGCUGGCGCAGGGUCAGCAGCACGGAUGCUUGCCAUACAUUGUUGCUAUGGUAGCGGCACUCAGUAUCGGCGACCCUUUCAUUCGCGAGCAAUUGAUCGAGGAAGAGUAUGGUGAUCGUCGACGCACCGCAGAAGCCCAAGACGACGGCAAGGGGGACGACUACGAUCGAGCCUUCGGCAAGAUGGACGGCGACGAAGACCUGGAUGCCGAACUGAAGAAUCUCACCAACAGCGAAAUGCUCGACAAGGAGAGGCGCAAAGCGCGACGCGCCAAGUACUUUGCCACGAUGCGCAAAUUUGAGGCGCUGGGAGCAGGCUUGUCCGAUACGUUCCGGCUGCUCAGCGUGGUAGGAGCGUACGAAUACGCCCGAGGCAGUGUUUCCUUCUGCGACAAAAACUUUCUACGCCCCAAAGCGAUGGAAGAGAUCCACAAAUUGCGGGCACAGCUGUGUAGCCUGAUCGCAUCCACUUUCCCGGAUCUCGCCGCUGCGCUCGCCAAUCCCAAGUUGGCGCCGCCCAACGAAACACAGCUCAAGGUGAUCCGCCAACUCAUCGCGUCGGCCUAUAUCGAUCAGGUGGCGGUUCGUGCUGAUCUAAUUUCCAACGAAAGCGUCGUCGCAAGCUCGAUGAUCAACCCAGACGAACGAACGAAUCAAAUGCUCUUCAAGUUGCGUACCAAGGGCGGAGGCGAUCGAAUGCAGUCGACUCGCGGAGUACCUUACAAAGCCAUGGGCGUACCUGGAUUCGCGUUUAUCCAUCCUACGUCGUCGUUCUACCACAUGACGCCUCCGGCUUGGGUGGUGUUCUCCGAGGUACAACGUAGCAACUCGAGAUUUGCCAAGACGGGAAUCGAGGAGGAGAGCGCCGGCACGGUGUGGCUGAAAACGCUCACGAGAAUCAACCCUGUGUGGCUUACAAAGCUGGGUCGGGCAUUGUGUACGUUUAGCAGACCGACGCCGGUGGCAGGCGGAGGAGAGCUGGAUCGGUUCAAGGCCAACGUUCAGGCGGCGAAGGCGGGAGAGCAGGCGGUGCGAACUGUGCUAGUGACGCCGACGUACGCAGUUGGGAGUGAAAACGAUGGCAUGGCAGGUGGCUUAGGUUGGCAGUUGCCAGCAAUCAAGGCGGAGCAGAGGUUCGUGGAUGGUCGAUGGGUUCUACAUCUUUCAUAA